UGGAGAGCUGCUCGGGUUGUUGCCGGUGCCCACGCCGCCCGCAAGGAGCCCCGCUAGGCGCCCGCCGCCGGCGCGGCCCCGGGCCCGACGCGCCGGGGGAGCCGGAGAGGAGCGGCGGCCGGUGCCGGGCGCCCGCGGCGGGAGCAGGCGGAGCCGCGCUGCCCGGACAUAAGGAACACUUGUACGUUACAGAAUGGAUGAACAAUCACAAGGCAUGCAGGGGCCUACUACUGCUCCACCAUUUCAGCCACAGAAAGCCUUGCGACCCGACAUGGGCUAUAAUACACUUGCCAAUUUCCGAAUAGAGAAGAAGAUUGGCCGUGGACAGUUCAGUGAAGUUUACAGAGCAACCUGCCUCUUGGAUGGGGUUCCAGUGGCUCUGAAGAAGGUUCAGAUAUUUGAUUUAAUGGAUGCCAAAGCACGUGCUGACUGCAUCAAAGAAAUAGAUCUUCUCAAGCAACUGAAUCAUCCAAAUGUAAUUAAAUAUUAUGCCUCAUUCAUUGAAGAAAAUGAGCUGAACAUAGUGUUGGAAUUAGCAGAUGCUGGAGAUCUCUCGAGAAUGAUAAAGCAUUUUAAGAAACAGAAGAGACUGAUUCCUGAAAGAACAGUUUGGAAGUACUUUGUUCAGCUUUGCAGUGCCUUGGAACACAUGCACUCUCGUCGUGUUAUGCAUAGAGAUAUAAAGCCAGCAAACGUGUUCAUUACAGCUACAGGAGUGGUAAAGCUUGGAGACCUUGGACUUGGUCGAUUUUUCAGCUCCAAAACAACAGCUGCACAUUCUUUAGUUGGUACACCUUAUUAUAUGUCUCCAGAGAGGAUACAUGAAAAUGGUUACAACUUCAAAUCUGACAUCUGGUCUCUAGGCUGUCUGCUGUAUGAGAUGGCUGCCCUGCAGAGUCCCUUUUAUGGUGAUAAAAUGAACUUGUACUCUCUGUGCAAGAAGAUAGAACAGUGUGACUACCCACCUCUCCCUUCAGAUCACUAUUCAGAGGAACUGCGACAGUUAGUUAACAUGUGCAUCAACCCGGAUCCGGAGAAGCGGCCAGACAUCACCUACGUGUACGAUGUAGCGAAACGUAUGCACGCACACACGGCGAGCAGCUGAACCGCCGCCAGACCGGGAGGGAGAGAGAGAGCGGAGAUAACCAAGUACUUUAAACAACUCGUCCCACCCCUCUGUGUGCCACACAAAUGUAAUUGUUUGAAGCUUACUGUUGUGCUUUGAAUUGUAAACCGAUUUAUACACGAGCUUUGUUGUUUUCUGUGUAUUUCUGGGGGUUUCGUUUGUAUUUUUUUUUUUUUACUAACUUGCAGUUGUACAACAGGUUUAAAUGUGUAAAGCGUAAUUUUUAAGAUGCCGAGAACCACUUGUUUUCCAUGAUACGUGGGUUCAAGUAUAUUUUCUGUAAUAACAAAAUUAUAUUCAGUUGGGCCUCAGUUCUAAAACACAGUUGCACUUUUGCACAUGAUACAGAUAUUAGGCUUAUUAUCCAGGAGCAAAAUGUCUGAAUCUCUCACCUUUAUAGUAAUUUAUGGAAAGUAUGAAUCAGCACAGUUAACUUUAUUUUAAUCUUUGUUCUGAAAAGAAGAACAUAAUUAUUACAGAAGGUUAUUGUAUUUUAUAUUGAAUUGUAGUUUGCAGUUCUUGCUGUAAGAGUAGACAGGUGAUAGGAUUAGUUCUCCACUUGCCAAGUGCGAUGGGAAGAUACUUUCGGGAAAACUUGUCGUGCUGAAAUUUUUGUGACAUCCCUUUUUGUUUUGUUUUUCUGUCAUAAUACACAUAAAACACUUGUUGGGGGUUUUCUGGGAAAAUUUAAGGUGUUGAUUCAUGAAUCUGGUCGCUUUGAAUAGACUUGUGCAGCACUACCCUGGGGCAAUAGGAGUCUGCAUAGCUAAGUCUUAAAACCAUGCAGAUGCUUCUAGUAGCAAAGAGGGUUCUUCUGAGGCUGUCAUUUGAGCGGGUCUGAUUAAAAGAUGUGAUCUUUAGGUUACAACUUCCCAACUGUUUGUGUAUAUGUCACUGUUUUGUAGAUUUUUGUGUUUAAAAUAAUUUGAAUGACCUUACAAUGUAUUUAAAUUUUAAAGUGUUUGUUUUUUUUUUUUAAAUACAGAAAUCUUUUGUGAAAGAUACAAUGAUGUAGUAUAACACAAAAUGUAUUCUACAUAAAUAUGUAAUUUUUGUAUACUGUAUCCUGAGAAUUAGUUUUAUAUUUAGCAAAAUUGAAUUUUAGCUUUUACACUUAAGAGAAAGUUGUCAGCCCUUCAUCUGGGAAAUAAAUAUAUAUGCAAACUGUCUUACAAAUACUUUAUUAGCUAAAAAGGAAAUGCUGAAUAUUUUUGUUAGACCUUAGUGCCUUUUUGAGUAUGUAUAAAUAAUAUUUUUAUUGCUAAGAAUGGAAUGUGCCUUGUUUUGAAAUGUGGCAAAAAUGGAGAGUUGAAUGAAAUUUCUAGAGUUUCAUGACUGAACUUUUUAUACAGAACUGUCUAAACAUCAUUCUUUUCAGUGAAAACAGCUAAGGAGCUGUUGCAAUCAGUUAAAUCUUUUUCCUUAUGUGGGUAAAAAGAAGUUAGUUCAAAUAAAAGCAGCGGUAUGUACAUACACGUAUAGGUUCUAGAUGCAGUCAUUUCCCUGCAUGCUCAGAUUUUUUUUUCUUGUUUGUUUCUCUGUGCAGCUUUAAUUUUUUUAUUUAAUAUAAUACUCAAAGAAUAAAAAUCUGUCUGUGGACUUUGUGGAGGAAAUGUUCAAUCUAGGUCAGAGUUGUUUCCAGUUUUUUGUAUUUUUUAAAACUGCAAUUGGAAAUUGUAUUUGGCAAAAUACAGGAGCUUUUAAAUAGUAUGUGCCAGAUCAUGAGCUUAUCUUAAUAUAUAUUUUUAAAAUUUUUGUUUCCAGAUUUUGUAGAAUGAAACCUAUGAAACCAUAUUUUUCCUUCUCACCUCUGUGUGUGCUUAAUCUUGUAGGACUUGAGUGGAGCAAUUCGUAGAGAAGAGCUAUUUGAGCAACCUUGGUUUGUGUCUUACAACCUCUAGGUUUUUUUUUUGUUUAUUAUCUGAUUAUAUAAUUUUUAAAAUGGUUAUAUUCUGUAACUAUAUUUCAUAUGUCAUAGAAUGAAACGCUUUAUAUUGAAAAAGGCAGCACAAUACUUGCUUGACUGCCAGGAUUAGCUCUUAAUAUGCACGAGUACUCGUACAAUUUUUUUUUUUUCCUGAAAUGGCCUAGAACAUUUAAAAAUCACUGGGAAAAAAAAAAAAACCAAAACCUCAACACAGUCAGACUAUUUGUAUCUAAUCUUAUGCAUAAAGUAUUGAACUUUUUCUGAAAGAAACCAAUAAUAGAUAUUUCUCCCUCCGAAAGGAUAUGUUGAGCAGAAAAAUGAAGAGUUCAGAGUUAGCAAAUGUGCAUGCUUAAGCAUUUAAAUUUUUUUAGUAUUUUGGGGGGAGGGGGUGUUAGUGUUUAUGGUUAAAUCUUGUGUUGCGGUAAAAACAUAGUUGUUCCUGAUUUAAAAUCUAUAAAACGAAUGGUACAGAUGACUCUGGUACCAAGCUUUAUAAUUGAAAAACCCACGUGGGUUAAUUCAACUGCUUCCAUAACUGGGGACUGUCGAAUCUAUCCCUAAAGUAAAGCACCUGGUAACAUGUAAAAGUGAUAAGUCUGUUAUAACACUCCCAUGUGUCCUACAUGCUAAUAAAAUGUUUUCUUUCAUAAAUGA